GGAAGUAGGUGUUGUUCCACGACUGGGAUAGUGCGUGAGAGCAACUGUGGUGAUGUUCUUAAUUGACCGAUUUAAAGGGAGUAGCUAGUUCAAUAGAGAAGACAGUUUUAUUGAAGUUUAGUUAGAACAUUGUAAUAGUACAUCUCUAAUAUUUUAAAUGAAGAUGCAACGAUGACCCAGCAACCACCAAACGAGUUCAUUGCUCCACCGGAGUGUCCUGUUUUUGAGCCCAGUUGGGAGGAAUUUGCCGAUCCAUUUGCGUAUAUCAACAAAAUACGUCCUAUUGCAGAGAAAACUGGAAUCUGCAAAGUUAGACCGCCGCAGGAAUGGCAGCCGCCAUUUGCAUGUGAUGUGGACAGACUGCAUUUCAACCCCCGGAUACAAAGGCUUAAUGAGUUGGAGGCUCAGACCAGAGUCAAGCUCAACUUCCUUGAUCAAAUAGCCAAGUUCUGGGAGCUGCAAGGAUGCACAUUGAAAAUUCCUCAUGUUGAAAGAAAGAUUUUGGACCUAUACCAACUCAACCAGUUGGUGAAGGAUGAAGGGGGGUUUGAUGCAGUAUGCAGAGAGAGGCGAUGGAGUAAGAUAUCUGUUAAAAUGGGGUUUGCUCCGGGUAAGGCUAUUGGCUCUCAUCUACGGGCACACUAUGAGAGGAUCCUUUACCCGUACAACUUGUUUCAGACUGGAGCCAACCUUCUGAAACCCACCUUGACCAGUGACACCAAGGACAAGGAGUACACUCCCCAUGAUCUUCCCCAGCGCCAGUCUGUCCAGCCCGUGGAGAAUUGCAGUGUGGCGCGCAGAGCAAAGCGCAUGAGAUCAGAGGGAGGAUGUCUUAAGUCUGAGCCAAGCGAAGUGUGUGAAAAUCGUCCGAAUCUUAGAAGGAGGAUGGGCUCAUGUGUGGUCAAACCAGAGCCUGGGAAAAUUACACCUGUUGAGGUGAAACAGGAACUCAUACAGCAUGAGGAGCUAAUCACGGACAAAGAAAAUUUACUGACUAAGAAAAACGACCCCACAAUGGACCAAUACAUGUGUCUGGUGUGUGGCAGUGGGACUGCAGAGGACCGUCUGCUGCUGUGUGAUGGCUGUGACGACAGCUACCACACUUUCUGUCUGAUCCCACCUCUCCAUGAUGUCCCCAAAGGAGACUGGAGGUGUCCCAAGUGUCUGGCGCAGGAAUGUGGCAAACCUCAGGUGGCCUUUGGCUUUGAGCAGGCCAGCAGGGACUACACCUUACAAACUUUUGGAGACAUGGCUGAUUCCUUUAAGUCAGACUAUUUCAAUAUGCCAGUUCAUAUGGUUCCAACAGAACUGGUUGAAAAGGAGUUCUGGCGUAUGGUAAGCACCAUUGAGGAGGAUGUCACUGUGGAGUAUGGGGCAGACAUCGCCUCCAAGGAAUUUGGCAGCGGUUUCCCUGUCAAGAAUGGACCAUUCCAAGUUUCCUCUGAGGAUGAGGAGUACCUCAGCAGCGGCUGGAACCUGAACAACAUGCCAGUGAUGGAGUCUUCUGUGCUGACUCAUGUUACGGCUGACAUCUGUGGGAUGAAGUUACCCUGGCUUUAUGUUGGCAUGUGCUUCUCUUCCUUCUGUUGGCACAUCGAGGACCACUGGAGCUACUCAAUCAAUUACCUACACUGGGGGGAGCCCAAGACAUGGUAUGGAGCUCCUGGUUAUGCUGCUGAACAGCUGGAGGGGGUCAUGAAGAAACUGGCCCCUGAGCUCUUCGAAUCCCAGGCUGAUCUUUUGCACCAGCUGGUCACCAUGAUGAACCCCAACACACUCAUGAACCAUGGAGUUCCGAUUUUUCGGACCAACCAGUGUGCUGGGGAGUUUGUUAUCACCUUUCCCAGAGCUUACCACAGUGGAUUUAACCAGGGCUUCAACUUUGCUGAGGCUGUCAACUUUUGCACUAUGGACUGGAUGCCGAUGGGUCGUCUGUGUGUGGACCAUUACCGGCAGCUGAAUAGGUACUGCGUCUUCUCCCAUGAUGAGAUGGUUUGUAAGAUGGCCUCCAAGGCCAGUACCAUGGAUGUAGUCCUAGCCUCAGCUGUGCAGAAAGACAUGGUGAACAUGAUCAAGGAGGAGGAGGACCUACGGGGCAAAAUCAGCAAUUUGGGUGUGCUGCACUCCCAGAAGGUAGAGUAUGACCUAAUGCCAGAUGAAGAACGUCAGUGCUCCAAAUGUCGGACCACCUGCUACCUGUCUGCCCUCACCUGUCCCUGCAGCCCCGGGCAGCUGGUGUGUCUGCACCAUGCCCAGGACCUCUGCUCCUGCCCCCCUGAAAACUAUACUCUCCACUACAGGUUCACUCUGGCACAGUUGUACCCCAUGUUUGAGGCAGUGAAACUACGUGCUGAAUCCUUAAGUGAAUGGGUCUAUAACGUCACUGACAUACUGGAGGCCAAACAAGACAAGAAGAGAGGUCUGGAGGAGCUGCGCUCUCUGGUGGAGGAGGCUGAGGUGAAGGCGUUCCCCCAGAAGGACCUCCUGCAGCAGCUUCGUGCCGUCACCCAGGAUGCAGAAAAGUGUGCUGUAAUGGCUCAGCAGCUACUCAAUGGGAAGAGGCAGACCAGGUAUCGGUCCGGAGGAGGGAAGACCCAGAGCCAGAACCUGCUCACUGUGGAAGAGCUGAGGUCAUUUGUCCAGCAGUUACAUGACCUGCCCUGCAACAUCCGCCAGGCCCCUUUACUGAAGGACCUCCUGAAGCGGGUGGAGGACUUUCAGCAUUGCAGUGAGAAGCUCCUCAUUCAGGAAGCCCCCAGUCCCACAGAGCUGCAGGGUCUGCUGGACAUAAGCCUUGGCCUGGAUGUGGAGCUCCCGCAGUUGGCCCCGCUUAGGGAGAGGUUGGAGCAGGCCCGGUGGCUGGAGGCUGUGCAUCAGGCAAGCAGCAAGACCCAAAGCCUGUGUCUGGACACCAUGAGGAGGCUGAUAGACCAAGGAGUAGGCCUGGUCCCACACAGCUCAGUCGAGAAGGCCAUGGCCCGACUGCAAGAGCUUCUCACAGUUUCAGAGCACUGGGAGGAGCGGGCUCUUAGCCUCAUGGAGGCCAGGCCACAUCACUGUGUGAAGACUCUAGAGGCAGCUCUACUGGAGGUGGAGAACAUUCCGGCAUACCUUCCCAACUGUCUCCAUAUGAAGGACACGGUGCUCACAGCCAAAUACUGGCUACAGGAGGCAGAGACCCUCCAGCUUGGGGGGCGUAUUCCAUUGCUGGACAGUGUUUCUGACUUGGUGGUCCGAGCAAAGGCCAUCCCAGUAUGGCUUGAUCCUCUAGCUCGACUGGAGGCCAUGGUUUCUGAUGUGCAGGCCUGGAAGGAGAGCGCAGCCAAGACUUUCCUGACUAGGAACUCUGCUUCUUCUCUUUUAGAGGUGCUGUGUCCGAGAUGGACGUGUGAAGUGUGGACUGGGCCUCCGAAGACGAAGCCUAAAAGAGUAAAGGACAUUAGUCCAAGCAACAAGAGAAACUCAGCCAAGCUAGACUGUCUGGCAGAUGUUGAGAGGGCUCUCUCAGAAAGCAAGGACUCUGCUUCUGCUAUGGCCACUCUGGCUGAGGUACAUCAGAGAGAGAUGGAGACCCUACUGACUCUAAGAACAUCCAACGAGUCCAAGAUCCUCACAGGGGACUGUAGUGCACUCCGAGUGUGUGUGUGCCACAAGGCCCCAUCAGGUGCAAUGUUCCAGUGCGAGCUCUGUCGAGGCACCUUCCACAGCAGAUGUGUGUCUAUUGACCCUCAGCCCAACCAGCCCUGGCUGUGUCCGCUGUGUCUGCGGUCUGAGAAGCCCCCUUUAGACAGGGUGCUGCCCCUAUUGGCGUCUCUGCAGAGGAUCCGGGUGCGGCUGCCCGAAGGGGACGCCCUCCGCUUCCUGAUUGAGAGGACCGUCCGCUGGCAACACAGAGUACAACAGGUGUCUGCUGAUGGGAUGCUGGAGGGUCUUUCCCCCAUGACUCAUCAGCACUGGAGCUUAUCCAGUCCUGUCACAGGGGCCAAUGGAAAAGUUAGACAAUGGCUUGGGAUGUCUCAGGACUCGAAUGGGGUGUCUUUCUACACAGACAAUCAAUGCAUUCCUCUCAAGGGACUGAGCCCUGAAUUGGAGGAGUUAGUGGUGGAGGGCUUUCUGCUUCAGGUGACACUGCCUGAGAUGCAGCUGCUGUACCGAUCCUUAUUCCACAGACUGUUACCCAGGCCAUCAGACAGCCCCAACUCCCAGCACAGCACAGAUCAGGACCAACACCAGCACCACCCUCCAUCCCACCAGACCAGAGUAGUCGGUCUUCAGAAGGAGGUGGUAAACGGCCAGAGCAGCAAGAAGAACAAGCGACGCAAGGAAAGCUCAGACUCUCCGAGCAGGGACAAGGCUAAGAAGCCUCGUAAGAAGAGGGACAAAUCAAGCAAGGAAAGUAAGCGCAAAGAGUCCAAGGAGACCUCACCCCCCACCAACACACUCUCGGACCGCUCCCCGUCAGAUUCAGAAGGUGAAGACCUGUCACUGUGUGCUGCUCCAUGGUGCAGGGAACCAGAGGGAAAGCAGGUGAAUUGGGUCCAAUGUGACGGCAAUUGCAAUCAGUGGUUCCACCAGGUCUGUGUGGGUUUGUCUGCUGAGCAGGCGGAGAAGGAAGACUAUAUCUGCAUAAGCUGUACACAGCCAGACUUUGAUUCGAGGAAGUGAAGACCAAAAAACUGUUUUCAAGAAUCAGUUUUGUUCCAAGUCAAAUCUGACUUGUAUCUACAAGUCAUAUCUGAACUGUCUGCCCUGUGAACCGGUUGCCCUCCCUUUCGAUCUUGCUCUUGGUGACAACGGUGCUACUUCCCCACUUCUUCCUCAGACUACUGUACAUUGCAAAGCUACAAAGACUUUUGUCACUGUAUUGUUAUAGUGGCUGGCUUACCAGCCAAUCAACUCAUCUUUCCAAGCAAUGACUUGAUGCAGAUAGUACCACAUUAGGUUCCAACUGCAAAGUGGGGCAAAACCUUUCACUCAACUUAUUUUCAUGCAUUUGUUAUGAGAACCAACAAUGCAGGGAUUUAUUUUUCUUCAACCAAAAUAAGUCAAUUGGACAACACAUUUUUGGAACCUACUGUUUUGUACAUGCAUCUGAACAAUGUGAACCCUCUUCCAACACUUGUAGAGCUAAUAUUAUUAUUAAUAUCUGAGCAAUAACUGAACUGUUUGAGUUCAGUUUUAUCUGAGCUAUGUUUGUGCUUAGAAAUGGUUUGAUAGAAUGCUCUCUUAGGCUUUAGGGUGAAGAAAUAUUGUUUUUGGACUUGUAAUAUGGCUAAUACAAAUUGUGUGAUUUAGCUAACUGCCACGGGUAUGACACUUCCCUCCUUUCGAGUAAAUAAUAUAAUUCUUAUGUUGCUGUUUGCGUUAUAAAAUAAAUACAUUUGUUUCCAUUA